ACCUCGUUUGCCGCUGUCUGCGCAUGCGCACUCUGCAGGUUUGACCCAAAUGAUGGCUCACAUGAGUUAUUCUAACCAGGGCUUCCCUGAUAACCGCCCCCGGCCCCGCAAUGUCUCCAGGGAGGAAGCCCUGCGGCUGGAAGGCUACAAACACGCCUGCCACGUGCUGUUUCAUGCGCCCACCAGUGCCAAGCUGUUUGAGAGGGUCCCUAUCAGACAUGUUCUGCUGAUGAUGAUGCGGUUUGAUGGACGUCUGGGAUUCCCUGGAGGGUUUGUAGAUGUUAAAGACUCUUCCCUGGAAGCCGGUUUGAACAGAGAGGUGGAAGAGGAGCUGGGGUGCUCGUCCAGUAAAUUUGAGGUCACAGAGAAGGAUUAUAGAAGUGCACAGGUUCGAGAGUUUCCACAAAAAUGUGUCACACAUUUCUACAUCAAGGAGUUGGAGCUGGAGGACAUGGACAAAAUUGAGUCCGAGUCUGUCAAUGCCAAGGACCAUGGAGUGGAGGUUAUGGGCCUUGUACGUGUUCCUCUCUACACCCUGCGUGAUGGAAUGGGAGGCCUUCCUGCAUUCCUGUGUAAUAACUUUAUUGGAAACUCUAAGAGUCAACUCUUAUACGCCAUUCGUAGCUUGCAUCUGCUGCGGGAGGACCAGAUCCAAGAGGCCUUGCGGGUCUGCCACGGAUCUCAGUACUGAUCUUUAGUAUUGGGUCUUAUACAGAUGUAAAGAAGACUGAUUUCCCUUUAACAAAAUAUGCCCAUGGCUUUCAUUAAUUGAACCGCAGGCUUAAAUUUGAUCUCCUUGUCCUCUCCAUACCAUGCAGCCACUUCAAAUGUAAUCAGUUGCUCUUUAAAUUCAAGACACUUAAUGGCUUUCAUAUCACUGGCACAUUAAAUGAGCAGUCUAGGCACUAUAACCACUUCAUGCAACGUAGGGGGCCAUUUGGCUACAUUGAAAAAAAAAAUAGGGAACCCUGAGGCAUCCUUGGCCUAUCCCCCUGCUCAAGUAUUACCAUUGUGGAAAUGUAAUAUUCUCAUUAGCAGUAUAAAUUUUGUACAUAUUUUAAAGACAUUAAUUGGCUGAGCGCAUCACCUGACCCAUUUAGCCAAUGAAUGGCUUUAAAUUAUGGAUAAACUAAUAUUGGUAAUGGACAUUUCAAGUUGACCAUAGCUGAGUUAGGGGUCUUGUUCUCAAGUGCCUCUGUGACACAUUGUUUGUUAAACAGUCGGUGCCUGCAUUGGCUUGCAGUGGUUAUGGUGCCUUUAAGGCAAUACAGCCCAUGACUAUUUAUAGCACCCCAGAUGUUGUUUUUCACCUAUAUUUCCCAACUUGAUCAGUACACCUUCUUAGUUUUUAUUGGAAAUGUAGUUCUUAAGCAUCUUGGGUUCCAAGGGUAACCAUCCCUAAUAUUGCAGAAAUGUUUAGAAUCUAACAGAAUUGUUUAUUUAACUGUCGUGUGCUGCCUAUUUGUUUGUUAAAGCAAGCAUGUCCUAUUUGUUUUCUUUUGGUUUUCCUUUCAUUAUGCUCCAUAAAUCUGAAUCGGUGAUUGUUCCUCACUCCACACUUACCUUUUUUUUUUUUUUUUUACUGUCCAUAUUGUCUACUCUUUUCCCUCUGUAUGGUUUCUUUUGCUGUUGAAUUGUAGGUAAAUCUGAUAGAUAACUGAGACAGUCAAGCUUUAAGCUCCAUCUACCAACUACUGUACUUAACAUUAACUUAAAGGGACUCUACAGGCCCCCAGAAAACUUAAUCUCAGUGAAGUGGUCUGAGUGCCAUGUCCCCCCCUUUUAUCCCUUCAGCUGCCAACAUUGCUGUUCUACAGGUUUUACAGGAACCGUAGUGUUUUCAGUGCAGGGUUAACCUGCCUCUAGUGGCUGUCAUACAUGGAGCAAUGUAGCAGCAGAUUUGAUUAAGUUUAUUUUUGGUGACAUAGCCACUUUAAGAACUUAAAUUUUAUUUUUUUCUUAAAGUUGUCAACCUCCUAAACAUGGGGUCUCAACCCCAAUGGGUGCAAUUAUAGGUUGUUACUAUUCCACAAGGGGCCAUAAGCCUAGGAGCAAGCUAUUGCACUACUGUCAAUACUCGUAACGUGACAUGGAUAAAAGAGUAAACAUUGAGUGCAGUUCAAAUUGACUGAGAUUUGACUACCUUUGUACUAUGAUGUGAUACACCUUUUUCAUAUGUCAAUGUAACUCGUGAUAUUUCUUAAUACACCUUCAAAAUAAAGAAUUAAAAAAAAAAAAAAAAAUGUGGUCAACCUCCAACCUUUAAAAUAAGCCACACAUGCAACCUAAAACGACAUUUAGAAAUAACUUAAUAUUAUACGUCUUGUUUUCAUGCAGUGACAUGUGAAGAACUUGCAUAUUAUUACUUUAUUUUCCAGUAUUGUGCCAGUAAUUAAAAUUUAAUACUUGUUUUUUUUGUUUUGUUUUU